AAAUAUCUCUCAGUCUCUGUGUCUCUUUGUCCGAUCGUGCGUCUGUGUCCGAUGGCUCUCUUCUCCUCGGUCUCUGCAUCCCCCGUGUCUCUGUCCGUACGACUGCAAACUCAUGACCAACCGCCAUGGAAACGACGUGGCCUUCUCCAUCCCGUCGCCUCCAGCACGCCCUCGACGUCUCCCGACUCGUCGCCGUCGACGGCCACGAACCCGAUCGGGACCGUCCUGUCUUCCGCCAGAGCGCCGGAGAAGAGCUUCAAGUACGCACCCGCUGGUCCCAACAGCAGUCCUCUCGUCCGUUUCGUUCAGGCCGCCGAAUCGAACAUCGAAAAAGUGAUCUUUGAUUUCCGCUUCUUGGCGCUUUUGGCUGUUGGAGGUUCUUUGGCUGGUUCGGUUUUGUGCUUCCUAAAUGGUAGUGUUUACAUUGUUGAUGCGUAUAAAGUGUACUGGUCAAGCUGCAUGAAAGGAAUUCACACUGGACAGAUGGUUCUUCGACUGGUUGAAGCCAUUGAUGUUUAUCUAGCUGGAACUGUCAUGCUGAUAUUCGGCAUGGGCUUGUAUGGAUUAUUUAUCAGUAAUGUAUCUCCUGAUGUACCACCUUCUGUUGAUCGUGCUCUCAAGGGCUCUUCUUUGUUUGGGAUGUUUGCUCUAAAGGAGCGGCCUAAGUGGAUGAAAAUCAGUUCGCUAGACGAACUGAAGACAAAAGUGGGACAUGUUAUAGUCAUGAUCCUUCUAGUGAAGAUGUUUGAGAGGAGCAAGAUGGUGACAAUAGCGACCGGCUUGGAUCUGCUAAGCUAUUCUGUCUGCAUUUUCCUGUCGUCUGCUUCGUUGUAUAUCCUCCAUAAUCUACACAAAUCAGAGUGACGAUGGCUCCAUUGAUUCCACCACUGGGAGAAUGUAAUCUUAAUUGUAUAUACAUCUGAGAAAGGUGCACAUGUUGAACCAGCACCUUUUAUUAGUUUAUGGAGGACAUACUAUCCGGCAGUGCUUGGACAGAAGUAGCCCUCUCUUCAGUUUCUCCUCUAUUUCAUCUACUUGCUACAGUUAUUUCCUCACCUAUAAUGGCUACAGACACGGUCUGAUAAUUGUUCAGCUAGAA